CAGGUACACCCCUCCCCAACAGACAAUCUCAGAGUACAGUAUAUGUAAAUGGAUGUUGACGCUAGUCGUGCAACAUCACUUUGCUUCUUAAAUAAACGAGGUACACACACUUAACUAUCCAUGUUUAUAACUGCUGUGCAUCGAAUUUUGUUUUAUAAAUGUUCUCAGUCAGCUCAAGCGGUAUAAAAUUGGAGAAUCCUUUACAAGAAAUAUGUAUCAAGUACCUGAAAAUAUCCACGAAUCUUCCUAAACCCAAACUUUCAUCGGUGCCAAGACCUUGAUCUCGUUGCUUCCCGAUUAACAGCUGAUCGAACCACUGGCGAAAAGAGGUUGAAACACUAUCCAUCUGAUUAAUAUAUGUGGCAUAAAAAAGUGCAAGAACCUGAAACAUCCAUUGAUAUGGUGAAAUUUUUAGUAACAGAUUGAAAACCAUAAAACUUCUGUGUUGAUCCACUGUUCAGAUGGUUGGGAUCGAACAGCACAAGUUACAUCUUUGGCAAUGUUGAUGUUGGAUCCGUAUUACCGCACAGUACGUGGAUUUGAAGUUUUGGUAGAGAAGGAAUGGUGUUCAUUCGGUCAUAAAUUUGCGCAGCGCACUGGUGGACCUGCAGACGGCGGUAUUUACUUACCUCCCAAUAUAUCAACUACAGUCACUAAUGACUCCACUACAGAACGACCCUCUAGUGUUGAAGAGCGUUCUCCAGUAUUCCUACAAUUCAUUGACUGUGUAUGGCAAACAAUGCAGCAAUUCCCCCACUCAUUUGAAUUCAAUGAACGAUUUCUUAUAACCAUCAUGGAUGAAUUAUAUGCUGCACGAUUUGGAACGUUUCUAUUUAAUUCAGAAAUGCAAGGACGUGACCAUGGUGUACGUGAAAGAACUAUUUCUUUAUGGGCAUUUAUCAACUCCGAUAUCAAAUCGUACCAAAAUCCACUGUAUACUCCAGCUGAAAUCAGUGGUCAUCGUGUGAUUUUCCCUCAGCAUGCCUUAGCUCAACUUCAGUUUUGGACAGGAUAUUAUGUCAGAUGGCAUCCACUCAUGCGUUCACAAGAGCCCAUAGCACGUCAAGAAAGAGCACUUAUACUAAUCAUGAGGCGCUUCAGAGAGCUUACAGCUGCUACACAACGCGAAAUCACUAAACCAACCCCAAAUACCAGCAAAUCUGACAACCUAACCCUCAGUAGAUCUCGUUCAACUAGUUCGAAGUUGUGA